AUGGCAAGACCAAGAAGAAGCACAGCAAAGCCUAAGAGUUACCGCGAAGCCCCUGUUGAUUAUGUUGACAAUAACAACAAUGAUGACAAGGAUGAUGAAGUCGUUCCUCCAGAAGUUGGUUAUAGUGAUGAUGAUGAUCUUGAUGCUGAUGUUGCUUCAGAAAACGAACCAGAAGAACCAGAAGAACCAGAAACUUUGGAUGAUGAUGUUGUUAUUGAGACAUUGAAAUCUUCAAAGAAGAAUGCUACCAAGAAACCUAGAAAAAAUGCUAAAGCUCCUAAACCAACUACUACACCAAGAACCGGUGGUAAAAGAAAAGAAAUAUUUCAAGCAAGAGAUCUUACCAAUGUUAAAGAUAAAUUAUUUAGAUUGUUCGGUGACAAUAAAGAAAAAUUAAUUGAGCUACUUGAAUAUAAAAUAGAUUGGGAAAGUGCAAUCUACGAUUUUGAUGAAAAAUUGUUGAAAGAAUAUAGAACUUCCGUCACUUUGAAAGAUAUACCAAUAAUCAAAACUACGAAAUUAAGCAAAAAUGAUUUAGACGAUAGAUUAAACCUUAAUAGAGAGAUAAAAUUCCAAUAUAAAGAUACGCCAACAAGUGUUAUAUCACCUGGUGGAAUUAAACCUAAUGAAAGGGCACAUAUUCUCAACACAGGUGGUGUCGUUACAGAUCUUGCCUGGCUUAAUCAAACAGAUGAAAAGAGUGAUCAAUACCUUGCAAUUGCUAUCUCUGAUAUAACAGAUGAUGCAGCCGCACCAGAAUUUGCAGUUCAUGGUGGAAAUAAAUUUAGUUCAGGUAUAUUGAUAUAUCAAUUAGAUUUAUCAACUUCAACUUUGAAGUUGUUUAAAUCAUUUGUUCAUGAAUGGGGAUCCGCAUGGGAUCUUCAGUGGAAAAAGCACGACGGGUUGGGUGUGCUAUCUGCUGUUUUCAAUGAUGGUACUAUCAAAUUAUUAAGAUUAGAUCCUAAUAAUCUUGAUCCAAAUUCAGAAAUUAUAGAGCCUUCAUUUGAAUAUUCAAUACCAGAUAGAUUAAUUUCAACUUAUGAUUGGAUUGAUGAUAAGAUAAUAUGUGGAACUAAUAAAGGUGAAGUUGCAGAAUUUAUCUUAUUGGAUAAUAUACCGUCUUAUGUCUAUCAAUUACAUACAGGAUAUAUUUUCUCUACCAGAGUUGCAUUAUCCAACUAUGAUGAAACUACAGUUUUUACAUCUUGUUCAGAUGGAUAUUCAUCUUUGUUUUCUACAAAGGAUAUUGUUUCCACUAAAACUUAUACAGCAAGAAAUAGAGUCAUUACUAAAAGUGUUACCUAUUCACCUCAACUAUAUUCAUUUAUUCAAUUAGAAAGUAACUUCAUGACAGAAUUAGAGCCUGUUCGUGCAUUAUUUUAUAAUACACCAAUUGUGAAGCAUGAAGGAUCAACAGAAUCAAUUUCAACAUCAAAUUUACACCCAAUGUUACUAUCAGGAGGUGCAGAAGGUAAGAUCAAAAUUACAAAUAUAGCAAGAAGAUUAUUUAAUGGUCAAAAACAAGGUUUAGCAAGUCAUAAAAUCCUUAGUAUAUGGGAGUUACAAUAUGGCGCCAAAGAGGAUACUUAUAGAUUGGUUGAUAGCUUUCAACCUGACACUAUUAGUACAUCUGAUAAUUCAAUUACAAAUAUAUAUCCGACUGGAGUUUCAUUCAACUCUAUCAAAUGGAAUGAAAAUUUAAAUGCUGGUAAAUGGUAUGCAGCAGCUUCAACAUCUGGAUUAGUGAUUAUCGAACGUUUAGGUAAUUAA